AUGAUCAACAUUGCACCGUACCUCCCAAAGUAUAUUCGAUUACUGCACGCCAACGACGACCAUAUCGAUGUAUUGUCGUAUGCUGGGGUUUGGUUCUCAUGUGAUAUGUCAAUUUUAUUCACCCAGCAACACCUCUUGUCACCUGAUAGGUUGCUGACGCUUGCCACUGAGAAGAGCGAAUCGGGAGCUGAAGCUAUCGCUUUGGAAGUGGGCGCUUAUAUGGGUGAAUGCAUCGAAAUCAUCGAGUUUUAUGGUGGCGACGUCGUCAAGUUUCUAGGCGACGCUGUGCUUGUCAGUUUUCAACCCAACAUAUCCAAACGACGACCCACAUCAGAUCCAAGUGCUACCAGCAGCAAUGAUGACAAUGGUUCUGGUCCUAGCAGAAUAUCACCACGCAAAAAGAACAUGUUGGUACGGCGAGCUGUGGAAUGUGGAUUACAGCUUUUAGCACGAUUAUCGCAUUAUCGAGUAUACCUUACAGCCGAAGAACGUACCAAGCAUCGUAAGGAGAGUGGCGAGAUUGAGCGACGAUCACCUGAUGCACGCACACCCAACAGCGAUUCACAUAUGAGCAUCUUUGAUCUGAAAAAGAGUAUUCAAGAAAACGACCAAGAGAAAGCGAUAAGCCCUGGUAUUCAAUCAGGAUCCAUGUCAUUUUCAAGAUACGGCAUUACGAGAUGGUUUGAGCGAUUGAGACACGCAAGGAAAAAAGUUCAACGUCGAAAGAAUUCGAGCAACAGUGGCGUAUCGACAAGAAACAUCACAGCGAUUGAUUUGGAGUUGCACAUUGCGCUUUCAUGCGGUGAUAUCACCAACAUUGUUAUUGGCAACACCGAAGUGGAUGAAUCGGAUGUCAAUUGGGCAGCACCCAUGUAUCGCUUGAGCCCUGGAUUGGCUUCUACGUUAAGCACUUCACCAUCAGCAGCAAGUAAUUUGAGUAGCAGCACGAGCUCUAGUUCUCCAGCAUCUGAUCUCAACGUACCCAAAGAAUACUAUACCCAGUACCAUGGUCGACUCGAAUAUGCGAUUGGAGGACCCGUGGUUGAUUCAUUGGAUGCAGCACUUUCGGUUGCCAAGGCAGGUGAAAUGAGUAUCACAGCGGAUGCCUAUGCCUAUGUCAAGAAUCAAGUCAUGCAAGAUGAUUUGACAUAUGAUUUACGGGAUGGUUUCUAUGUUGUGUGCAAUGUCAAUACGCGUCGAAGAGCAUCCACUUCGAGCUAUGGUCCCUCAACCAUGCUGACAGUUCACGGUGGAGGUGUGGGUGCUAGUACCAGCAAUAAUGCAGCAGCCGAUCCUCAAAAUCCAAAUGCAGAGUACCUGAAUGAAAUGCCAGGAUUAAUGCGACGAGCCUCACGCAUGAACAUUGAGCCGUUGAUUCCACGUGUACGCAACAAAUCAUAUAUGCAAAUCAACAUGGACAACAACAUGGAUCUAUGUAAAUACAUCAAUCGCAGUGCCGUAUACCGAUUACGCUCUUAUGGCGAUGGCAAUUUUCCACCCCAAUUUCGAGAAGCUACGAUUAUGUUUGUCAGCUUGGGAAAAAUUGAUGUUUCCAAACCCGAAGGAUUGAACAUAGCACAAAAGGCAUUGAGCAUCGCCAUCAAGAUCCUUGUCAGAUAUGAAGGUCUUUUACAACAAUUUGCUGUUGACGACAAAGGUGCCACCAUUCUUGGUAUUUUCGGAUUACCACCCUUAUCACAUGAAAUGGAAGCACCCUUUGCAGCACGCGCAUCCAUGGCAUUACGCGAUCGAUACAAAGCGAUGGGCGCUCUACUUCCUGAUUUCUCCAUUGCACUUUCCACUGGCAAGAUUUUCAGCGCUGUCGUACCACAAGGAAAUCCAUAUCGACGUGAUCCUGGCAUUGCUGGUGAUGCUAUUGUUCUCGGCGUGCGUAUGCUCAAAUUCUCAUUUUGCAAACAAGCUGUGGUCUGUGAUACCGAGACGAGGCAGCAAAUUGGUGGCCUAUGCGACUUUGAUGAUCUCGGUGUCAACUUUGUAAAGGGCAAAGUCAAACCAGUACAGAUGUACGGCAUCAACGAGUUCAGACACGUGACCAUGCAAAAGCGAUUAUCGAUGCACCCUGUUGAUGUGGAUUUCGUUGGCUAUGAAACACAAAUGAAGGAGUGUACGGCAUUUGCUAAUCACUGGGCAUCCGCACCCAAUCAUCACGUGCUUAUGGUGGUCGGCUCAAGUGGAACAGGGAAAACUUUCUUUUGCCAAAACUUUCAAAAUGCCAUUGCAUCCACUCAUGUCACGUGCUGUUGGUCAACGUGUUCGGAAGUUGAAAAGGGCAACAAGUAUUAUGGUGUUCGAGGUUUGCUGCUCACUAUCAUGGAGUUGAUCGAUUCUCUACCACUGCCAACCAUCCAGCCACCGCAUCGACAACAUUCAUUCGGCCGUACACUUGACAGCUCAAAUACGGCGACAACGCCAAGCUCUGUGGGGAGUGUUUCUCGAGCAAGCCUAUCACGCGGGACAAGCAACAGCGAAUGGUUUAAGCGAUUGACAUGGGGUGGUUCAUCUUCAAGGAUAACGCCAACCCAAAGCCCAAGCAGAUACAAUGAUCAAGAAAUGAGCCGAAGUGACGAAGUUAUCUUGUUACGCCACUGCCUUGAGAAAUGUGGAGAGGAUGAACGCUUUUUACCACUUUUCGCUGCCGUGUUUCCUUCCAUUUCGGAUGAAACGGGUGAAAACAAGUAUACCCGGCGAUUGGAUUCGCACACACGUGACAUGUUGUUGAGUGGUAUCAUUGUUCGCAUCAUCCAGUACGCAAGCAGCAAUCUCAACUUGGUGCUCAUUUGUGAUGAUAUUCAAUGGUCGGAUCCAACAUCCGCUCAAAUGCUACAUCUCAUCCAUGAAGUUUGCCAGCGUGUAUUGCUUGUGAUAGCCACUCGACCUGCUCGUGAAUACAGUACACCAAUGACCGAUGAGCUGCGUAAAAGUGGAACAGUCCUCAAGAUCAACUUGCAUGGAUUGACGCAUGACAAUGAUAUUGCGGCGGUGAUCUUACAAUCGUUUCCCAAAGACGUGACCCGUGUUAGCCCGACUAUAAUGAAGAUGGUCAAGAAACGCACAGAGGGCAACCCACUCUAUAUCAAAAACAUGUCCAUCAUUAUAAAAGAAUACAAGUUGGCGAUUGUAUCUGGAGAUCAACUCGUGCCUACCAAAGAUCGCAAAGAUAUGGAUGACAUUCUGGGAGAAGUGAGUUAUGGCCGGUUGAUCAAGUUGCAAUUCGAUCGAUUACAAGGAUGCUUUCAAGAGUUUUUGACGGUGGCAAGUUGCCUGGAUCAGUAUUUUGAUGUAUACGAGGUGCAAGCAGGUGUCGGCGCUGACAAUGCAAUUUUCAAGAACCUGAAUCCCAAAAAGAUCCACGCUGAGAUUAAGAAGCAUGAUUUAUACCGAUUCCUUCGGCAAAGUGAACCAGCCGGCAAUGUUGGGGAGAAUACGCUUGAAGUCUAUGCAUUUACCCAUGUCAGUAUUCCAAAGAGCAUCUACGACAUCACCUCGUUUGAAACGCGCAACACAUUACACAAGCGCCUUGCACGUUACUAUGAGUCCCAGCUGAAUCAGGAAAAUUACGUGCAGCUCCUUGGAAAGGUGACACGACAUUAUCUUGAGACCGACAUGUUGGAUAAGCAAUUGUAUUACUUGGAGGCAUUAGCGGAUCUCGACAUGCGCUCAAACUUGAUAUCCGAAGCGACAAGCAACUUGCAAAACAUUGCCAAUAUCCUAAACGACAAUGAGGACAUUUCAUCACGAUACGGCCUUAUGCACAAGAGCAACAUUUAUCGUCGUCUGGGAAUAUGCCUUACCAUGCGCAGCGAUCACUGUUCAGCCGAAAAGUAUUUGCAUAUGGCAUUGAAAUGCCUUGGGAUGCCAUGGCCUACGAACAGCGGCCAAUUCGUGCUAGAGUUUUGGAAAGGACGUCUAAAGCAAUUUCAUCACCGACACAUGGGGCGUCGAUGGCACUCAAAAAAGACAAUGGUUACCAAGGAACUUGGUCGACGUAUCACUGAAAUCAUGAUGCAGCUCUGCAACAUUUAUUACUUUUGCGGCGAGGGCGAGAAAUUCAUCUACGCAUGUCUGAAAGGAUUGAAUGUUUGUGAAUCGAUGAAUGACGUGGGCAGCCGAUACACCUUUUUCUUAUCGCGCAUGGCCUUGCUUAGCUGGAUUAAUGGGCAUAUCGAUGACAGCGUCUACUACAUGAGCAGAGCAUUUGACUACAUGGGACCCAAGCUCGAACCAGGCACACUCAAUAUUUGCGCUAUCCUUUGUUUUGGAGCCGGCCAGUUUGCAAAAGCAGAUCAGUAUCUUCAAAGGUCCAUUGACUUGACACGUACAUUGGGUGUGGUUACGGAUUGUCAAGAGUUUUAUCGCGCCGUACGCGUCUUGGUGACAAUGCGACUCUUUCAGGGGUCACUUGACGAUUCAAAGUUUGAGCAAGGGCUUAUGCAAUUGAUGGCUGAUACUGGACACCGCAACAAUGAUCAUGAGGUCCAAAUUCAUCUUGCUAUAUACCAGGUUGCCAAUACGUGCAUCAAAUGGCGUUUGCAUAAUGCAAGUCCAUAUAUCCUCUGGCUCGAAUCCAAAAUAUCAACCACCUCUGAAUAUAAUCAAAUGGCUAUACACGGUGUCCUCGUAUGCUAUUACUCUCGCCAUGGUGAUCACCUCCGUGCAUUGGAACAUACACGUGGAUUGCUGGAUCUUUUACCAGCACUCAGCAUGUCGGUCAACCUAUUCCCUGUCAUUGGGCUCAUGUUUUUGAUUAUGGCUAUCUACAAGUCAACAGAGAGCGGAUCAUUUGUAUACUGGCACGCAAUACAAAAAGACUACAGCAAGUACGUGUCGUUCGUCAAUCAGAUCAUUCGAGCUUUGACCCGGGUCAAAUAUUGGAGUGUCACACAACCAUUCAUUUAUCUCGCGCGUGCAUUGCCAUACCUUGUUACAAACCGUACAGUGGAAGCGUAUAAGAUCCUUCACAGUGGCAUGGUCGAUCUAGCACCUACAAUGCACGAGAUCCCCUUCCUUCGAGGAUACUAUUUAUCCAAGCUGGGUCGUUUUGCAUUUACGAUGGAUGACCGUAUCGCAUGGACCAGGGAAGCUGAAAAGCUAUUUCGUGAAGUCAACGUACCGGCCCAGUUUUAUUGCAAUCCUAAUCCUACCGCGGCACCUGAAGAUGCCUUACAGCUUGAGCAUUCAAAUUCUAUCGAUGAUAGUGCCUCGAUGACCGCUACAAACGACACCUCAUCACGCAGAGCAAGCAAGAACGACAUUGACAAUAAGCCAAACAACAAUGAUGACGACGACGACGAUAACAGCAGCAGUAAUAGCGAUAGCACGAUAAGUGCACAAGAAGAAGAGGAAAAUGACUUUGGAGAUAUCACAUCAGCAGCACAACAACAACACACGACGAGGGAACAAUAA